CCUGACCUCAGCUCUCCGUAGCGUCCCGCGUCUGCCGCCCCCGCCCCGGGAGCGAAGGAGGCGGGUUUUGGCCUCUUGCCCUAGGGAGAGAGUGCGGAGGGAGUGGGAGCGAGCCGAGCCGGAGUGGAAGUGUCUGGCUCCCCAGAGGUCCUGCUGUACUCCUCGCUUCCCAUGAGCUCGGUCUCCAGCGAGCAGCGCCGACGUUAGGCGGGCCUCGCAGCCUCUGCUGUCCCCGGGACAGGCCCACGCCUCGCCGGGGAGGGGGCAUCCCGUCUAGGCGCCUCCUUAGUCAGCUUCGGCGUCGCGCUGCGACCCUGGAAGCGAGACCGCCGCGAGCAAGAGGAGGAGCAGCAGCGGCGGCAGCGGGCAGCAGCAUCUGCAGCGCCAGCGGGCGGGAUCGAGGCCGUCAACAUGGCGAGCGCCUCGUACCACAUUUCCAAUCUGCUGGAAAAAAUGACAUCCAGUGACAAGGACUUCAGGUUUAUGGCUACAAAUGAUUUGAUGACAGAACUGCAGAAAGAUUCUAUCAAGUUGGAUGACGAUAGUGAAAGGAAAGUAGUGAAAAUGAUUUUGAAGUUACUGGAAGAUAAAAAUGGAGAGGUACAGAAUUUAGCUGUCAAAUGCCUUGGGCCUUUAGUGAGUAAAGUGAAGGAAUACCAAGUAGAGACAAUUGUAGAUACCCUCUGCACUAACAUGCUUUCUGAUAAAGAACAACUUCGAGAUAUUUCAAGUAUUGGCCUUAAAACAGUAAUUGGAGAACUUCCUCCAGCUUCCAGUGGCUCUGCAUUAGCUGCUAAUGUAUGUAAAAAGAUUACUGGACGUCUUACCAGUGCAAUAGCAAAGCAGGAAGAUGUCUCUGUUCAGCUAGAAGCAUUGGAUAUUAUGGCUGAUAUGUUGAGCAGGCAAGGAGGACUUCUUGUUAAUUUCCAUCCUUCAAUUCUGACCUGUCUACUCCCCCAGUUGACCAGCCCUAGACUUGCAGUGAGGAAAAGAACCAUUAUUGCUCUUGGCCAUCUGGUUAUGAGCUGUGGAAAUAUAGUUUUUGUAGAUCUUAUUGAACAUCUUUUGUCAGAGUUGUCCAAAAAUGAUUCCAUGUCAACAACAAGAACCUACAUACAAUGUAUUGCUGCUAUUAGUAGGCAAGCUGGCCAUAGAAUAGGUGAAUACCUUGAGAAGAUAAUUCCUUUGGUGGUAAAAUUUUGUAAUGUAGAUGAUGAUGAGUUAAGAGAGUACUGCAUUCAAGCCUUUGAAUCAUUUGUGAGACGAUGUCCUAAGGAAGUAUAUCCUCAUGUUUCUACCAUUAUAAAUAUUUGUCUUAAAUAUCUUACCUAUGAUCCGAAUUAUAAUUAUGAUGACGAAGAUGAAGAUGAAAAUGCCAUGGAUGCAGAUGGUGGUGAUGAUGAUGACCAAGGGAGUGAUGAUGAAUACAGUGAUGAUGAUGACAUGAGCUGGAAAGUGAGACGUGCAGCUGCUAAGUGCUUGGAUGCUGUAGUUAGCACAAGGCAUGAAAUGCUUGCAGAAUUCUACAAGACCGUCUCUCCUGCACUGAUAUCCAGAUUUAAAGAGCGUGAAGAAAAUGUAAAGGCAGAUGUUUUUCACGCAUACCUUUCUCUUUUGAAGCAAACUCGUCCUGUACAAAGUUGGCUGUGUGACCCUGAUGCAAUGGAACAGGGAGAAACACCUUUAACAAUGCUUCAGAGUCAGGUUCCCAACAUUGUUAAAGCUCUGCACAAACAGAUGAAAGAAAAAAGUGUAAAGACCCGACAGUGCUGUUUUAACAUGUUAACUGAACUGGUAAAUGUGUUACCUGGGGCCCUAACACAGCAUAUUCCUGUUCUUGUACCAGGAAUCAUUUUCUCAUUGAAUGACAAAUCAAGCUCAUCAAAUUUGAAGAUCGAUGCUUUGUCGUGUCUAUAUGUAAUCCUCUGUAAUCACUCUCCUCAAGUCUUCCAUCCUCAUGUUCAGGCUUUGGUCCCUCCAGUGGUGGCUUGUGUUGGAGACCCAUUUUACAAGAUUACAUCUGAAGCACUUCUUGUUACGCAACAACUUGUCAAAGUAAUUCGUCCCUUAGAUCAGCCUUCCUCGUUUGAUGCAACUCCUUACAUCAAAGAUCUAUUUACCUGUACCAUUAAGAGGUUAAAAGCAGCUGAUAUUGAUCAAGAAGUCAAGGAAAGGGCUAUUUCCUGUAUGGGACAAAUUAUUUGCAACCUUGGAGACAAUUUGGGUUCUGACUUGCCUAAUACACUUCAGAUUUUCUUGGAGAGACUAAAGAAUGAAAUUACCCGGUUAACUACAGUGAAGGCGUUGACACUGAUUGCUGGGUCACCUUUGAAGAUAGAUUUGAGGCCUGUCCUGGGAGAAGGAGUUCCUAUCCUUGCUUCAUUUCUCAGGAAAAACCAGAGAGCUUUGAAACUGGGCACUCUUUCUGCCCUAGAUAUUCUAAUUAAAAACUAUAGCGACAGCUUGACAGCUGCCAUGAUUGAUGCAGUUCUAGAUGAGCUCCCACCUCUUAUCAGUGAAAGCGAUAUGCAUGUUUCACAGAUGGCUAUCAGUUUUCUUACCACACUGGCAAAAGUGUAUCCCUCCUCCCUUUCAAAGAUAAGUGGAUCCAUUCUCAAUGAACUUAUUGGACUUGUGAGAUCACCCUUAUUGCAGGGGGGUGCUCUCAGUGCCAUGCUAGACUUUUUCCAGGCCCUGGUCGUCACUGGAACAAAUAAUCUAGGAUACAUGGAUUUGUUGCGCAUGUUGACCGGUCCAGUUUAUUCUCAGAGCACAGCUCUUACUCACAAGCAGUCCUAUUAUUCCAUUGCCAAAUGUGUAGCUGCCCUUACUCGAGCAUGUCCUAAAGAAGGACCAGCUGUGGUAGGUCAGUUUAUUCAAGAUGUCAAGAACUCAAGAUCUACAGAUUCUAUUCGUCUUUUAGCUCUACUUUCUCUUGGAGAAGUCGGGCAUCACAUUGACUUAAGCGGGCAACUGGAACUGAAAUCAGUAAUAUUAGAAGCCUUCUCGUCUCCCAGUGAAGAAGUCAAGUCAGCUGCGUCUUACGCAUUAGGCAGCAUUAGCGUGGGCAACCUUCCUGAAUAUCUACCAUUUGUCUUACAAGAAAUAACCAGUCAGCCCAAAAGGCAGUAUCUACUGCUUCAUUCCUUGAAGGAAAUUAUUAGCUCUGCAUCAGUGGUGGGCCUUAAACCAUAUGUUGAAAACAUCUGGGCCUUAUUGCUAAAGCACUGUGAGUGUGCAGAAGAAGGAACCAGAAAUGUUGUUGCUGAAUGUCUAGGCAAACUCACUCUAAUUGAUCCAGAAACUCUCCUUCCACGGCUUAAGGGGUACUUGAUAUCAGGCUCAUCAUAUGCUCGAAGCUCAGUGGUUACAGCUGUGAAGUUUACUAUUUCUGAUCAUCCACAACCUAUUGAUCCACUAUUAAAGAACUGCAUAGGUGAUUUCCUAAAAACGUUGGAAGACCCAGAUUUGAAUGUAAGAAGAGUAGCCUUGGUCACAUUCAAUUCAGCGGCACAUAAUAAGCCAUCUUUAAUAAGGGAUCUUCUAGAUACUGUUCUUCCACAUCUUUACAAUGAAACAAAAGUUAGAAAGGAGCUUAUAAGAGAGGUAGAAAUGGGUCCAUUUAAACAUACAGUUGAUGACGGCCUGGAUAUUAGAAAGGCAGCUUUUGAGUGUAUGUACACACUUCUAGACAGUUGUCUUGAUAGGCUAGAUAUCUUUGAAUUUCUAAAUCAUGUUGAAGAUGGUUUGAAGGACCAUUAUGAUAUUAAGAUGUUAACAUUUUUAAUGUUGGUGAGACUGUCCACCCUUUGUCCAAGUGCAGUACUGCAGAGGUUGGACCGGCUUGUUGAGCCAUUACGUGCCACAUGUACAACUAAGGUAAAGGCAAACUCAGUAAAGCAGGAGUUUGAAAAGCAAGACGAACUAAAGCGAUCUGCUAUGAGAGCAGUAGCAGCACUGCUAACCAUUCCAGAAGCAGAGAAGAGUCCACUGAUGAGUGAAUUCCAGUCGCAGAUCAGCUCUAACCCUGAGCUGGCAGCCAUCUUUGAAAGUAUCCAAAAAGAUUCAUCAUCCACUAACUUGGAAUCAAUGGACACUAGUUAGAUGUUUGUUCAACAUGGGGACCAUGACAUUGACCUUAUGAUGCACUGAAUCGACAGGUUAAUCAUAAGACAUGGAAAGAGAAGUGUCUAAAAGCUUCAAAAUGUUCCACUUUUUUUUCCUUCAUGGAGACAGUUUGGCUUACUUCCAUUUUUGUUUUUGUAACAUUUAUUUCAGAAAUACGUAUUUCCAUAACCCAGAGGUUGUAAAACCACUAAUGUUUUUAGUGGUUAGGGCAACAUUUAAAAUGGAAACCAAAAGUUAGGAUUUAUGGAAUAUGGAGGUAGGGUCCGGGAUCUACUUGCCCUGUAAUGUUUAGGAUUAAAAUGUUCAAAUUUUGUGACCAUGAAUUUCUUUCUUUUAUAAAAUUUCUCAUAUUUAAAAAUCAAAAAUUCUGCAAGACAAAAACCAUGUUUCUUUUUCUUGUAUAACUUUUUGUUUCAGCAACGUAAAUUGAUUUUUAGCUGGCAGAUAAGAAUAUCUGUGUAAGAUUUGUUACAUUUCAGAGGGUUUGGCAAUUUAAAAAAGAUAAUAAGGUAUCAUUUUUUUAAAGUAUAGGGAUUAAAAAUAUCCCUGUUGCGCACACUAAUUUUGCAUGAACAAGUUUACAAAUAUGUAUUGUCUGUAAAGCCGCAUGUGCAGAUUAUUCAUAAUACAAAAGUUACAAUAAGUAUUGUAUUAGUGCAAUUUGCAGAUAUUUAUUUUUGCACAGAAAACAUAUCUGGAGAGAGAAUGAGGAGUAAAUUUUUGAAACUUUGGUUUUCUUAGUGCCAGUGUGAAUUUGCAAUGUUUCCAGCAAAUCAAGUCACAGUAACAAUAUGCCACUUUUUUCUAUUAUAAAUUUUCUUACACAUUUAAAAUUUGAAUACUUAAGUACACAGUUUUUCUCAGUUACCCAUUUGUGUGUGUGUUGCCACGUAGAAAUUAAAUUCUUAAGGCCAGUUUUUUCUUUCAUUCCCUUUGGAUCUCUCCAUCCCUUUGUUGAAGGAUACAAAUACUGUGUAUGCUUUUAAAUUUUAGUUUUAGGAAAAUUCUGAAACCGGCUCUCACAGGUUUGUUAGCUGAUAAUAGCAUUUUCUUUUAGUUGAGUUAGAUUUCCCCUUCUCUUGUAGAGCUAGUUUACAUACUGUAUUUGGUAAACGCUGACCACUUUUCCUGAUUAAGGGGUCUCUGCUGGGGGAAACAAAGCUUUGCAGUACCUUACAUCAUAGUUGAAAUUUUAUUUAACAUAUCUUUCAGUGAACUCAUUUCACACUGUAGCCUCUUCCUUCAAAUUUGUGGUGCUCCUGUAACAGUAAGAACUAACUUCUGAAAUAAAGACAUCUCCUAAUGCUGUGCAAACAUAGUUUACAUGUGAAGGAGGCAGUUGUUAAAUUUAGUGACCAGUUUUAAGCAAUCAGAUAUUUGAAAACUGCACCCUUUAUUUUUGAAACUGUGAAUUAGAAAUAUUUUUCCUGCUGUAUUACUUACCUGCUUUAACAUCCAAGUAUGCAGUGAUUUGAAUUGGUGACACUGUGGUUAUUAGAUUAGCAGCUUAAUUUCAAAUAUUCAGAUGAUAAUGCAUAAAACAUCAUUACCAGUAAGGAUUUUGAGUAGUACAUUGAUAAUGGAACAUUACAUGAAGUUGGUGCCAUUUUCAGAAUGUGGCAGGUGGUAAUCUUAUACCAUAAUUUGCAUAAAACUGUAAUAGAAAUUUAUUUUGAGAUGUUAGUAUAUUAUGUACUAUACAUGACCGUGAUAGAGAUGUUGUGGAUAUAUUUAAGUACUUGGUUACAUGGUUUCACAAUAAAUUACAAUACUGCAGGCUCUAGGACCAAAUAGGAGACUGACAUGCA